ACAGAAGAAAGACAAAAACUGCUCUGAGCUGUGAGGUUUCAGGCUUUGUUUUUUUUUCUUCUUUUUAUUUGUGACAUGGAGAAGAUAGUGAGAUGUGUUCGGUGGGGUUAUGAGGUCAAUGCCUCUUCCGAUGAUUGCAUGAACGCAAUUGACUCCUAUUUUCAACAGGUUCUUAGUUAUGGGAGGAACAUGAAAAUGAUUCUUGAAGCACCACUACACGACAAAGAUUGUGUUCUGGGGAACAUUUUAGCUGCUCAUUACCUUUCCUCAUGUGAUCCUUCCAAAGUUAAUCUCUAUGUUGAAGCUGCGACUUCUAAUCUUAAACAUUCUACACCUUACGAGAAAGCGGUUUUCGAGACUGUUACUUACUUGAUUUCCGAGGACAGAGAUGACGACUUGGCUUUUGAAAUGCACAUCCAGCUACUUAAUAUAUUCCCAAAGGAUUUGGUCUCUCUGAAGAGAGCUCAGGUUUUAAGUUUCCAGAUGGCUAAGCCUGUUCCCUUUUUAGAUCUGGUUCAGCAGGUUCUACCUGAGAAUCAAGAUGAACGUUAUAUACACGGUAUGCUUGCAUUCCCAUUGUUAGAACUUGGUCGAAUGGAAGAAGCUGCAGCUGCUUCCAGAAAAGGCUAUGGGAUAAACAAAGAAGACGCCUUGGCACAUCACUGUUUGUGUCAUGUUCUUCAACAUACAUGUCAGUUUAAAGAAGCAGUGGAGUUCAUGGAAAAACUGGCAGAAUAUUGGCUUUCUUGCACAUCCUUCUUGUAUACACACAAUUGGUGGCAUAUUGCUCUCUGUUACUUGGAAGGAGGAUCACCAAUGAGUAAAGUGGAGGAGAUUUAUGAUAAUCACAUCUGGAAAGAACUGGAGAAAGAGGACGCCGUUCCUCCCGAGGUUUAUCUCAAUGCUCUGGGUUUAUUUUUGCGUUUGGAUGUAAGAGAUGUUCUUGAUGGUUUUAAAGACCGUCUGGAACUCCUUGCAGCUCGUUUAACUAAUCAGGCAAACUGGUAUUUGGACUGGCAGCUAGAUAUACUGAUAGUUUGGGCGCUGGCAAAGGUUGGAGAGACUUCAAAAGCUCAUGAAUUACUUGAGGGUCUGAAGUUCCGACUAUCAAAGAUGAACAAGAAGAAACAACAAGUGAUGCAGAAAGGGAUUCAGCUCGGGGAAGCUGUGUACGAAUACGCAAAGGGUAACUACAGACAGGCUUUACGUUUACUUGGUUCAGACUUUAAUGCCUUUGACUACAAGAUCAUUGCGGCAUCAGAUGAACAGAUAGAUGUUUUCAAUGAAGUAUGGUGCCAGCUGCUGCUAAAGACAGGCCAAUCCUCCACUGCCAAAGAAGUGAUCAGAAAGAGGAUAAAGGUCAGAGAAGGUUCUCCAUUCACGUGGCGUUUGCUGGAGAAGAGCUAUGCCAUGGAAGGUGAUGCAGAGGCUGGGAGUGCAGGACAGAGAGCUAAAAUGCUGGAAUCUUCUUAUUUCUAAGGAGGGUCUUAUUCAAUCAUAUUAAAGUUUAUUCUAAAGAGUUUAUGAUCUUCAAAAUUUGAAAUUAUUAUUCAAAAGGUGUGUGGUGACCAAGAUCUCAACAAUAUACUUUGAAUAUGGUUUAAUCCCCUAUAUAUAUUAAAAGAUAAACAUUUAAAAAAUUGUAAUCUCAAUUUUGUAAUAAUUAAGAAAGUUUCC